AUGGGACAAUCUGUGUCCACUCCCCUUUCUCUGACUCUGGAGCAUUGGAAGGAGGUGCGGGUCAGAGCCCACAACCAGUCGGUGGAGGUCAGAAAGGGUCCGUGGCAGAACUUUUGCGCCUCCGAGUGGCCAACGUUUGGAGUGGGCUGGCCACCUGAGGGUGCUUUUGACUUGUCACUAAUCGCCGCCGUCAGGCGAAUUGUUUUUCAGGAGGAAGGGGGUCACCCUGAUCAGAUCCCCUACAUUGUGACCUGGCAGAAUCUCGUCCAAUUCCCACCUCCAUGGGUCAAGCCUUGGACCCCAAACUCUUCGAAGCUGACAGUAGCGGUUGCCCAGUCUGAUGCAGCCAGAAAGUCCGGCCCAUCAGCACCCCCCAAGAUCUAUCCAGAGAUUGACGACCUCCUCUGGAUGGACUCCCAACCUCCCCCUUACCCCUUGCCCCAACAGCCACUUGCAGCUGCCCCACCACAGGGACCAGUAGCGAGAGGGGCUCAGGGACCGGCGGGGGGGACUCGGAGUCGCCGAGGCCGAAGCCCCGGGGAGGAAGGGGGGCCAGACUCAACAGUUGCCUUGCCACUCAGAGCACAUGUAGGAGGGCCAGCACCAGGACCUAAUGAUCUCAUUCCUUUACAGUAUUGGCCUUUUUCCUCUUCUGAUUUAUCCAAUUGGAAAACUAACCACCCUCCCUUCUCAGAGAACCCCUCUGGACUUACUGGGCUCCUUGAGUCACUUAUGUUCUCCCACCAACCCACUUGGGAUGAUUGUCAGCAGCUUUUGCAGGUUCUUUUUACCACAGAAGAAAGAGAAAGAAUCCUGAUGGAGGCGAGAAAAAAUGUUCUGGGAGAGGAUGGCACACCCACUGCCCUUCCUAACCUCGUUGACGAGGCUUUUCCCUUGAACCGCCCCAACUGGGACUACAACACCGCGGAAGGUAGGGGACGCCUCCUUGUCUAUCGCCGGACUCUAGUGGCAGGUCUCAGAGGAGCCGCUAGACGGCCCACCAAUUUGGCUAAGGUAAGAGAGGUCUUGCAGGGGCAGACUGAACCACCCUCAGUCUUCCUUGAGCGUCUAAUGGAGGCAUAUAGGAGAUACACCCCUUUUGACCCCUUGUCAGAGGGGCAGAGAGCCGCUGUAGCCAUGGCCUUCAUUGGUCAGUCCGCUCCCGACAUUAAGAAAAAGCUGCAAAGGCUGGAGGGGCUCCAAGAUCAUACGCUCCAAGAUUUAGUAAAAGAAGCAGAGAAAGUCUAUCAUAAGAGGGAAACAGAAGAAGAGAGGCAAGAGAGAGAGAAGAAAGAAAUAGAGGAGAGGGAAAAUAGACGGGAUCGCCGUCAGGAGAGAAAUCUGAGUAAAAUUUUGGCCGCAGUUGUGAAUGAUAGACAGUCAGGAAAAGGUAAAAUAGGGCUCCUGGGCAACAGGGAAGUGAAACCGCCAGGUGGCAGAAAGAUACCACUGGAAAAAGACCAAUGCGCCUAUUGCAAAGAAAAAGGACACUGGGCUAGAGAUUGCCCUAAAAAGCGGGAGCGAUCCAAGGUCCUGACCCUAGAAGAUGAUUACGGAAGUCGGGGCUCAGACCCCCUCCCUGAGCCUAGGGUAACUUUGUCCGUGGAGGGGACCCCUGUCAACUUCCUGAUAGACACCGGAGCAGAGCAUUCAGUACUCACUAACCCCCUAGGCAAGCUAGGCUCCAAAAAGACCAUGGUAAUUGGAGCCACUGGUAGUAAAUUUUACCCCUGGACGACCAAACGAGCUCUUCAGAUAGACAAGAAUAUAGUGACCCACUCCUUUCUGGUGAUACCUGAGUGCCCUGCUCCCCUCUUGGGGCGCGAUCUGCUAACCAAACUAAAGGCUCAAGUCCAAUUUACCUCAGAAGGCCCACAAGUAAGCUGGGGAAAGGCCCCUGUUGCCUGCCUUGUCCUCAACACAGAGGAAGAGUACCGGUUGCAUGAAGAACAACCCAAAAAUGCAGUUUCUUCAGGUUGGCUAACUGCGUUCCCCAAUGUCUGGGCAGAACAAGCAGGAAUGGGGUUGGCUAAACAAGUGCCUCCGGUUGUGGUAGAACUUAAAGCUGAUGCCACCCCCAUUUCGGUAAAACAAUACCCCAUGAGCAAGGAAGCUAGAGAAGGCAUCCGGCCUCAUAUCCAGAGGUUGCUGGGCCAAGGAGUUUUAGUGGCCUGUCAGUCCCCCUGGAAUACACCACUUCUGCCGGUUCGAAAACCAGGGACCAAUGACUAUCGCCCGGUACAAGACCUCCGGGAGGUUAACAAAAGGGUCCUGGACAUUCACCCCACAGUCCCGAACCCGUACAAUUUAUUAAGCUCUCUCCCACCUGAGAGAACAUGGUAUACAGUUCUGGACUUAAAAGAUGCCUUCUUUUGCCUGCGUUUGCACCCUAAGAGUCAGCUCCUGUUUGCUUUUGAAUGGAGGGACCCAGAGGGCGGACAGACUGGUCAACUAACUUGGACUAGGCUACCACAGGGGUUCAAAAAUUCCCCCACCCUGUUUGUCGAGGCCCUCCAUCGGGAUCUCGCGCCUUUUCACGCUCGAAACCCUCAGCUUACCCUACUACAGUAUGUGGAUGAUCUCUUGGUCGCGGCGGCCUCGAAGGAGCUGUGUCACCAGGGAACUGAGAGGCUCCUCGCAGAACUGAGUGACUUGGGGUAUCGAGUUUCGGCUAAAAAGGCACAAAUCUGUCAAACUGAGGUAACCUACCUGGGGUAUACCCUCCGAGGGGGCAAAAGAUGGCUCACAGAGGCCCGGAAGAAGACUGUUAUGAUGAUCCCAUCGCCAACUACCCCACGGCAGGUACGUGAGUUUCUGGGGACUGCUGGCUUUUGUAGACUCUGGAUUCCAGGCUUUGCAACCCUAGCAGCACCUCUAUAUCCUUUGACUAAGGAAGGGGUUCCUUUCGAGUGGAAAGAAGAACACCAAAGAGCUUUUGAGGCUAUCAAGUCGUCUCUAAUGACUGCCCCCGCGCUAGCAUUACCAGACUUGACUAAGCCUUUCGUCCUAUAUGUGGACGAGAGAGCGGGUGUAGCCAGGGGAGUGUUGACACAAGCACUGGGACCCUGGAAGAGACCUGUAGCCUAUUUGUCAAAAAAAUUAGAUCCUGUUGCUAGUGGAUGGCCCACAUGUCUGAAAGCUAUUGCAGCAGUAGCCCUGUUGAUCAAAGAUGCUGACAAAUUGACAAUGGGACAACAGGUGACUGUUGUGGCCCCUCAUGCCUUAGAAAGUAUCGUGCGUCAGCCACCUGACAGAUGGAUGACAAAUGCCCGAAUGACACACUAUCAGAGCCUGCUGCUAAAUGAGCGUGUAACCUUUGCGCCCCCUGCCAUCCUCAACCCAGCUACCCUUCUCCCUCUAACAAAUGAUUCCGUCCCAGUACAUCAAUGUAUGGACAUCCUCGCUGAAGAAACUGGGACCAGAAGUGACCUGACUGACCAACCCUGGCCUGGAGCUCCCAGUUGGUACACGGACGGCAGCAGUUUCCUGAUAGAGGGGAAGCGAAAGGCUGGAGCUGCGGUGGUAGACGGGAAAAAGGUAAUUUGGGCAAGCGCUUUGCCUGAAGGAACGUCGGCACAAAAGGCUGAACUUAUAGAGCUUAUACAAGCCCUCCGAGAGGCUAAAGGUAAGAUCAUUAACAUCUACACUGACAGCCGCUAUGCUUUUGCUACCGCACACAUCCAUGGGGCCAUCUACAGGCAGCGAGGGCUAUUGACCUCGGCUGGUAAAGACAUUAAAAACAAAGAAGAAAUUCUGGCCCUGUUGGAAGCCAUACAUGCACCUAAGAAGGUAGCCAUCAUCCACUGCCCCAGCCACCAAAGAGGAGAAGACUUGGUGGCCAGGGGCAACCGAAUGGCAGACUCAGUAGCAAAACAAGUUGCUCAAGGGGCCAUGAUCUUAACUGAAAAAGGUGAUCCGCCCAAAAGCACUGAGGACGAGAGGUAUAACAUAAAAGAGCUAUGGUGGACCAGAGAUCCCUUCCCAUAUUUUUUUGAAGGGAAAAUAGAAUUAACUCCCGAAGAAGGAAUAAAAUUUGUGAAAGGACUACACAAAUUCACCCACCUGGGAGUUGAAAAAAUGAUGAGACUAAUUAAAAAUUCCCGAUACCAAGUCCCCAACCUGAAGUCAGUGGCUCAAAAGAUUAUAGACUCCUGCAAACCAUGUGCAUUCACUAAUGCAACUAAAGCCUACAGAGAACCUGGAAAGAGACAACGGGGAAACCAUCCUGGAGUGUAUUGGGAGGUAGACUUUACUGAAGUUAAACCUGGAAUGUAUGGUAACAAGUAUCUGUUAGUAUCUGUAGACACCUUUUCAGGAUGGGUCGAGGCAUUUCCCACUAAAACAGAGACUGCUCAGAUUGUGGCCAAGAAGAUCCUUGAAGAAAUCCUGCCAAGAUUUGGAAUCCCUAAGGUAAUCGGGUCCGACAAUGGACCAGCCUUUGUUGCCCAGGUAAGUCAGGGCUUGGCCACUCAGUUGGGCAUCGAUUGGAAAUUACAUUGUGCUUACCGCCCUCAAAGCUCAGGACAGGUAGAGAGGAUGAAUAGGACCUUAAAAGAGACCUUGACUAAAUUAGCCAUUGAGACCGGCGGGAAAGACUGGGUGGCUCUCCUCCCUCUUGCGCUCUUCCAAGCCCGGAACACUCCUGGACGUUUCGGGCUCACUCCUUUUGAAAUUCUGUAUGGAGGACCUCCCCCCUUAAUGGAAGCUGGUGGAACAUUAGUUUCCGACUCUGACCCUGUCUUACCCUCCUCUUUGCUUAUUCAUUUAAAGGCCCUAGAAGUGAUUAGGACCCAGAUUUGGGACCAACUGAAAGCAGCCUAUACCCCAGGGACCACCGCAGUACCCCACGGGUUCCGAGUUGGAGACAAAGUCUUGGUCAGGCGGCAUCGAACCGGCAGCCUUGAGCCACAGUGGAAGGGACCCUAUUUGGUGUUACUGACAACCCCUACUGCGGUAAAAGUUGACGGAAUCGCCUCCUGGAUCCACGCCUCCCACGUCAAGAGGACCGCCAGCCAAGAUGAAGAAAACCACGACGAUAAUUGGACAGUGGCAGCCACUGACAAUCCUCUUAAGCUUCGUCUGCAUCGCAGG